AGAAGAGGAAGAAGAAAAAAUUAUAUUUAGUAAUAAACAGACAAAUAUGAAAGGUAGAGAAGCUGCAGGAAAAGGACCACCUUCGGCUGAUUUACUGGUUUGUUUUCCGACCAGAGCUCAUCUACGGCUAAUGCCGAAGCCAAUCUGCAGUCCAUCUCGGCCGUCUGACACAUCCACGCGCCGCCACCAGCAUCACCCUCGCCAACACCACCCUCAGCCGUUUCCUCAUCAUCACCGGAGGAAUAAAUCCAGCGGCGGCGGCCUUGCUAGUCCAGUUUUGUGGGCCAAAACGAAGGCUUCUAAUCAUCAUCAGAACUCUGACAUGUCGGAGCCCACGUCACCGAAAGUGACGUGUGCGGGUCAAAUAAAAGUCCGGCCCAGCAAGCCGAGCUCGUGCAAGAACUGGCAGUCGGUGAUGGAAGAGAUCGAGAGGCUGCAUAAUCACAGGAAGCAGAAGAAGAGGUCCGCGUGGACGGACGCGCUAGGGUUCAAGAAAGACGUGAUGCAGUUCUUGACUUGCUUGCGUAAUGUGCGCUUCGAUUUCCGCUGCUUCGGCUCUUAUCCGACGGCCGUCAUCUCUUCCGACGACGACGACGACGACGAUGACGAUGACGAUGACGUGGACGACGAUGAAAUGUACGAAAAGAAGGUGGGCCCCAAAGAGGAGAGUGACUGUAAUAAUAAUAAUAAUUCUGGAGAUGUUUUCUCAAAGUGGUUCAUGAUCUUACAAGAGGAUCGAGGUAAGGAAUUUGUGUCCCGAGAGGAGGCCGGAAAAGGGAAAAUGAUUGGGUCUUGCUUGGUUGAUGAAGAUGAAGAUGAGGACGGUGGUGCUGCGGCGGCGCCGCCGCCGGCGAAUGCUCUGUUGCUGAUGAGGUGUCGAUCGGCUCCGGCGAAAAGCUGGUUGGAAGAGAGAGAAGAGGAGGAGGAGGAGAGAGAAAAGGAGGAACAGGGGGUGGUGGUUAUGAGAUGUGGAACGGAGUUUUCGAAACUUUCCGAUGACAUUGCAAAGGAAACAUGGGUCGUCGGAGGAAUUAAAGAUAUGCUUUCUAGAAGCACAAGUUCAAGGAGAUGAUCAUCAUUAAUUAUUCAUUAUUAUCAACGUUCAUCUUUCAUAUACUUCUUUUCUUCUUUUUCUUUUUCUUUUUCUUUUUUUAUUUACUUAUUAUGAAUAAUUGAUGUUCAAAAUAAUAUAUAUUAUGUAUUCGCUUUGAUUUCUAAUUUUUUUUUUUUUUGAAAAUAUGUUUUGCUCUGUUUUGAAUAUGUAUUACUUUGUACAGAGAAAUUUAUAUAUAUAUUUGGAGUUGU